AAUUAAAAUGACAUGUUAGAUAAACAUAACCUAACAUUUUGCGAGACGCACAAUACUUUCGGUUUGUAAGUGCUCCGAAUUUAUUAAUUAGAAAAUGUCCCUUGUUCCUGACUACGACGACUCCUUAUCCAGUUCUUCGGAAUCCGACGACGCCACCCCCGUACCCACAAUCGCAGACAGGCAACCCGAAAAGGCGCCUUCGAAACUCCCCAAGCCGGAUUUCGUGGGGGCUUCGUUCAGCGAUCCAGACGCCCCCAAAACCUCGGUUUUUAAAAACCCGUUCACCGAAGCGGAGAACGCGAAGGAGGCGAUUUUGCAAAAACACGUGAAGAUGGUGGACGCCAAAGACAACGUGGUGGUGAUCAACGGGAAAAAAAUCUGCUGGAACUACAGAAAGGGGCGGUGUCGUUUCGGACACAAUUGCAAAUACGCGCACGAUUCCGACCUGCAAAAGUCGGAGCAACAGUUGCAGAGCGAAAAGCGGAUCCAACAGACUGUUAUUUGUCAGAAGCAAAAUAUUCCGGAGCCGUCGGUGGAAGAACUGGAGCGAAUACGAGUGGAAGCGGUUUCUUUGAAGAAGAAAAAACGGCCGGGGUUGACGCAGGGGUUGACGCCGGGGAAGAAGGUUAUGAAGAAGUAUGCAAACCAAAAGUUGUAGGUGUGCAAUUUUAUUUAUUUGGUUGUUUUGGAAUUAAAUGGGUGAAGAAAAAAGCGAUAUGUGUGACUAAUUUAUUAAGGUUAACCAGGGAAAAUAACAUCACGGAUGUAUAAGUUUGAUUUAAAUUUGCUAAACCUGUAACUUUUUCUAAAUAUAGUUUUAAACAUUU